CGACACAAGUGGUUGUUAUUGUAGCCGCGAUUUCGUCCGACGAGAAGUUGCUCGCUCUAUUGUGUCCGGUGCGCCUCCAUCAAGCCCGCAGAUAAGCGGUGUCUCGUCAAACUGCCACAGUAGAAUAAAAAAUACGCAUAAAAUGGCUCGCUGCUUUGCGCUUUCCAUCGUCGCUGUGACCUGCCUGAUCAGUGUAGCCUACGGUAUGGACUGUACCUUAGGAACCAGUGACAAUUUUCUCGACAAAUUCGUAAACUCCUGUCCGAGACCACUGAUUGAUCCCAGCGAAAAUAGCUAUUGUUGCCCGAGAGUCGACGGUUCUGUUUACUGCUGUGAUUUGGCAGAGUUCACAAUGAAAACUGGACUGACCAUAAUCAUUCCUGUUAUUAUUGCUGUGGUGGUUAUCAUCUCACUGAUUGUGUUCUGUAUUUCCUGCCUUUGCUGCGCCUGUUGUCCAUGGUACCGACGACGUCACCGUGGAACCAUCUAUAGCAGCAUGCAAACACCUGGUACGGGUGUUCAUGUUAUCCAGACGCCUCCUGGAAAUUCUGGCUACACUGUUCAUCAGAUACAAAAUCAACCGCCAAUUUAUGCGACUGCUGAAUCAGCUAUGCCGCAGCAUCCCGUUCCUCCUCCUCAAUACACCAGAGAAGAUUACACUAAACAAGCACCCUACAAUCCAAGCUACGUCCAGUAAAAUGUGAAACCAAGUACACGUGUCGCUCGGUGAUCGAGGGCGUUGAUACGGAAUUGAGCGUCUCGCCGAUGAACAAAAGAUUAUGCGCCUUACGAUUUGAAACUUGAAUGUAAUCCUUCCAAGUGUAUAUUUAAAUACCCUGAAUGCAUGUCGCGAGGAUCCCUUGAGGGAUCAUUGUGGGAUGAAUAAUUACCGUGGAAUUUCUGUCCGAGCGAAGUGUGAUGUUGGCAAGCGAUUUAUAAAUCAAAGUGUUUUUUUUUUUCGAUUCUUCCUUUAUGACAUACUUAUGUCACCACUUACAUUACACCGGUGGUUGUUUUUGUAAUCCACAACAAGGCGCAGACUGUUAGAAAUACUAGCCGCCAACAUCACGUUUAGUCUCGUAGAUUUAUGUUCAGAUUUUAUUGGUAUUUUGUCUUCGAUCUUACAAAAAGAGUCUCCUAUUUUUUAGGUAUAUUAUAUACAAGAGCUGUGAUGGCCGAUUAUAUGUGCUUGCCGAUUAAUUAGUAUGUAACAUUAUUCAAAGUCAGAGCUAAUUGUAAAGUUUAAUUCCGUGGAGCAUAUUGACAGUCAGGUCUUGUCGUCAAGAUUAGCUCUUAUACAUGAGUUAUGCAAAAUGCAGAUAGAGAAAGGAUCAUUAGAGCAAAACCUUGCCUCAAGUCCCGACUAUUAAUACCGCCACUCAUAUCUUGUAAUUCUGUUCUACGUUUUAAGUUGAGAAUGACGCGAGUUGAACAAUACAGUUUUUCGAUCGGAUGGAAGAUAUCAAUUGCAUAUCUCACCCAGUGUGGGAUUAAGAUUGGCGGAUGGUAGCAUCAUGCUCUUCUCCUCGUUAGAUUAAUUAUUCGUUGUCUUUAUUUUCGUGAAAAAACAUUUCGAUGAAGUGUGUAGAUGAAUCAACGUGUAAGCAUAUUUUUAGAAAUAAGUUAUAUCUAUGCAGUAUUCGGGGACCUCUUACUUUUUCCACUUGUCAGUAAUGAUUACGGGAGGUGCAGAAUUCUCGCAAUUUACUGGGUCAAAAGAGUGAAAUGAUGUAAGUGAACCUGAUAAUGAUGUAAGAAUUUUUGGAUUGUUUCGCAAUAAAUAUCUUUAUAUUUUGGAUGGAAA